AUAUACACACAUUUAAAGAAACAUAUCCGACCGCGUCAAUUCAGCCGUGCGUUUUCCUAGUUCGUGAAGUUUACAAAUCACCGUUUUAGCAUUGCCGUUAUCACUUCAUCACCAAAGUGAAAACUUUAAUACCAAUGAAAGUAGCCAUGGCUGCAAAGAAUACCAGUACAAUACUGACGAAGGUGCGCUCAUUAAUGAAGAACAAGGCCCAUGUAUCAGAACCAUUGAAUGCCUACAUUGUGCCAUCAGGAGAUGCUCAUAUGAGUGAGUAUAUAGCGCCAUGUGACUGUAGACGGCCCUUUGUGUCCGGCUUUGAUGGAUCAGCAGGAACAGCAGUCAUCACAGAGCAUGAAGCGAAAAUGUGGACAGACGGACGCUACUUCCUGCAGGCAGAGAAACAGAUGGAUGGGAACUGGGCGCUCAUGAAAGAUGGUCUUCCUAGCACCCCUACCCAGGGGGAGUGGCUCUCCAAAGUGCUUCCAGUGGGGGGGAAAGUGGGCGUAGACCCAUUCCUCAUGUCAGCAGAGGUUUGGACGCCACUGGCAAGAACAUUGAAGUCAAAUGGGCACAGUUUGGUACCAGUUGCCGAGAAUCUCAUUGACCUUGUGUGGUCUGACCAGCCUGAUCCGCCAAGUAACAGCCUCAUGGUACUGGAAAACUAUUACACAGGUUGUAGCUGGCAGGAUAAAGUGGUGGAUGUUCGUGAAAAAAUGAAAGAGAAAAAUGCUGGUGCCUUAGUAAUCAGUGCCCUGGACGAAAUUGCAUAUUUAUUCAACAUGAGAGGGUCCGACAUUGAAUACAAUCCAGUGUUCUUUGCCUAUGCUGUUGUUACUAUGGAUUCAGUUCAUUUAUUUACCAACCCAGAACGAAUAGACAAGAAAGUGAGGUCACAUCUUCACCUUGACAUGCCCCCUGAAAAUGAAGGUGUCAAAGUCACCAUUGCCCCGUACAACAAUGUCAAGAACUUUGUAGCAGAUCUAGUGGAUAAUGUUUCCGGCAAAAUUUGGAUAAGUGACAAGUCCAGUUAUGGGUUAGUAAGCUCUAUUCCGAAGCUUCGUCGCCUCAUUGCUGCCUCGCCUCUAGCGUUGAUGAAGGCUGUGAAAAAUGCUCAGGAAAUUGAGGGAAUGAGAAGAGCUCAUGUGAAGGAUGCGGUUACAUUGUGCGAGUAUUUUUCCUGGCUGGAAAGAAAUGUGCCCCUGGGAACAGUGACAGAAGUCUCUGCUGCCAGCCAACUGGAGAACAUUAAACAUGGACAGGAGGACUAUGUCAGUCUGAGUUUUGCCACAAUAUCCAGCACAGGUUCCAAUGGUGCCGUUAUUCAUUAUCAUCCCUCACCAGAGACAGACAAAACCUUGUCCACAGAAGAAAUCUACCUGUGUGAUUCAGGGGCUCAAUACAGAGAUGGAACAACUGAUGUCACUAGAACGAUGCAUUUUGGGACCCCCUCAGACUAUGAGAAGGAAUGUUUUACCAGGGUAUUGAAAGGCCAUAUCAACCUUUGCAGAUCAGUCUUUCCAAAUGGAUUGAAAGGAACAUUACUGGACUCAUUUGCACGUGCCGCGCUGUGGGAGGCAGGACUAGACUACCUCCAUGGCACGGGACACGGAGUUGGAUCUUUCCUUAAUGUACAUGAAGGGCCUUGUGGAAUUCAUCAGCGCAUAAAUCCACAUGAAGUUCCACUGCAGGAAGGCAUGAUUCUCUCCGACGAGCCUGGGUACUAUGAGGACGGCAAAUUUGGAUGUAGGAUUGAAAACCUUGUUCUCGUUGUAAAGAAAGAAACAAAGUACAAUUUCCGGGAGAAGGGUUUCCUAACCUUUGAGCCAAUAACUCUGGUGCCAAUUCAGCAGAAAAUGAUAGAGGCUAGUCUUCUCACACAGGAAGAGAUUGACUGGUUGAACGAGUACCACACAAGAUGUCGGGAGGUGGUUGGGGCAGAGCUACAGAGGCAGCGGAAGAAGGACGCUUACAACUAUCUAGUGCGGGAAUCCCAGCUCAUUGGAUGAAACUGAACAUAUUGUGAAUUGAAUCAUUUUAUAGUUUUGUACAAGGGAGGAUUAUUGAACUGGACUAUUUUUUUUGUGUCUAAAUGAUAUUAUAAAUGUUAAUAUUGGCGCAUUUACAUUUAAAUUUUAACUCAUUGAUAGACAUAAUGUACUCAUUCAUAGAGAUAAACGUUCAUAUGGAGUGACAUGCAGCACUGACCUCCAGAAUGAACCUGUGCUCCACUACUUCAUUUAUGGACAUGCAGCAUUGACCUCCAUAAUGAACCUGUGCUCCACUACUUUAUGGACAUCAAAAUAAUAUUCACAUUUGUUUGUGUUUUUUAACUGGAAUGACAAGUUUUAGAUAUUUAGCUAUUCUGCAUUACAAAUUACAAAAUCAUUAUUGGAAAUCCAUGGGUUUUUUCUCUUUUAUAAAUGCAUAUAAAUAUUUAUCUUUUUUGUUUCUAUUUAUAUGAAACAAGACAUAUUAGUAAUUGUGGCUACAACGAAUACCGGAAUAUCUAUAUAAACUAGUUUUGGUAAUACCUGUGUAACAUCAGUAAAAAUAAAAUAUAUAUUACAAUAACUAUAGGUUAAAUGUAGGGUUGAUGGGUAUAAUGCAGGUAUGUACUGAUAAAUGAUAAAUUAUAUAUAGGUUAAAGGUAGGGUUUAUAGGUAUAAUGCAGGUAUGUACUGAUAAAUGAUACUUGAUGCAAACUUAGGUGCAGGGUUUCUACAGUCAGAAAAAAAACGUUCUUAAGUCAGUGUAAAAAUCUCGGAAAGAAAUGUUUUAAAUUUGUUUUGAUUUCUGUUAGGGAAGUCAGGGAUUUGUUUUUCAAUUCAGGGCAUUGUCAGGGGAAAACAUCAUUCUCGAUCAGUAUUGUUUGACGAUACAAGUAUAUCGAUAUGUUUAUAGAUGACUAGCAUUCUUUUGUUGCUUCAUUAUAAGUUAUGUAUUAUUGUAUACACUUAGUACAUUUGGAAACACAAAUAUUUCUCAUGCAAAUAUUCCGGAUGCUAUGCAAGCCAAGAGUUAGGAUAGUUUAUUAGGGAUCUGCAUAUUGUUAUGAUCACUAAUGAUGUUUUGUAUGCAAAAUUUUAAAUUAAUAGUGCAAAAACUUUGGAUUAAAUAAAAUUUCAAUUUCUUAA